AUCUUCGGGCCAUGGAAGCUGUCAAGCCUGAAGAAAGAUAUACCUGGUUUAUGUUGUCAUUUGUGAAACAUCGAUGUAUGUAAGAUCCCGAUGAAAUGGACAUUAUGCAUGUGAGGUCUUGACUGACCAAUGGAAACUAAUUCCAUGAAGAAGGUGAGCAGCUGAAGACAACAAUCACCAAGUCAGUUUGUGGUUGUUUUGAGAUGACGCCUCGCCUCGGCGAAUUUUGUGUGUAUUUACUGUUUACAGUGGGCACAGACAUGUGACGCGUCAUUGAGUUGUGUCUUCCUAACGGCACUGUAUAUAUGUGCAUAAUAAAGGAUAUAUGAACUGGCCCAUAUGAACGUGUCGUCAGUGCUAGGCAGUAGUACUUUGGAAUGAUACUUAGAUGUACCACAAAAAGACAGAGAUCUAAUUGACACGUUCAUCUGAACUAAAAUUAGACACGGCGCGAGGGUUUCACAUAGCCUGUUGAUUGCCUAACCAAGACUCUUGAUCUACUGCCACAAGAAGCUGUCACUGCAUUGCAAGUGGUUGACAUAGGAAUGUAUUGAUCAUUUCAAGAAUUCGAAACCUGUCAGUUGUGAAUUCUCGUCAGAAGUGGAUCAUAGAAACAAACGUUGUUCCUUCCCAUGUUGAUUGAAUAGAUUAUAGGGAUUAAUUCUGAUGUGGAUUACGUUGCUCAGUUGGAUAGUGUGUCUCUAGUGAGUGCAAACAAAUAAUGCAAUUUGGAAGAACUAACUUUCCCGGCCAGUGAAGUUUUCAUCUAAACUCUCAUAACAAUGGCAUCUGGUGGUGGAAAUGGUCGACCAAUGCCAGCCCCAAGAACAGGGAAACCACUUCUUGCUCCUAAGCCUCAUCCACCUUUCCAACAAGGUGCUGCAGCUGCAGCAGCAGCUGCACACCUCCUCGGUCCUCAGGGUGGGAACCUUACCGAGGCUCGUGCAAAGACUGUCCUGAAGGAAGCAGUAGAUGCUGUUGUGAAUAGCUUUGCUAAACAUACACAUGGCUAUGGAAGAGUGAAUGUGGUGGAAGCCCUGCAAGAGUUCUGGCAGAUGAAGCUGGAGCGGGGUGCGGAUCUGAAGAAUGGCGCCCUGGUGGUUUACGAGUCAGAGCCAGCAUCAUCUCCACCGUACGUCUGCUACGUCACUCUACCAGGAGGCAGUUGCUUUGGCAGUUUUCAGAACUGCUCGACUAAGGCGGAGGCAAGGAGAAGUGCUGCCAAGAUUGCUCUCAUGAAUUCUGUCUUCAAUGAACAUCCUUCAAGGAAAAUAAGUGAUGAAUUCAUCGACAAGGCCAUACGUGAUGCCCUUGCUUCAUUCAAGGGAAGCCAGUCCGAUAUUGAGAACCCCAGCACAGGCAUUGGAGCCUUCAAGUUUAUGCUUGAGGCCAACAGGGGGCGCACCAUGCUAGAGUUCCAGGAACUGAUGACCGUCUUCCAACUGCUGCACUGGAAUGGCAGUCUCAAGGCUAUGCGUGAACGCAGCUGCUCCCGGCAGGAAGUGCUGGCGCACUACUCUCAUCGGGCACUGGACGAUGACAUGAGGUCGCAGAUGGCACUAGACUGGAUCGCUCGAGAACAGGAGGAUUGUUCAAUCAUCCCCAGGGAGUUGAAAAUAUCAGAGAAAGAGUUAGAAUCUGCACGACUAGCUGGGAGAGAACUUCGGUUUUAUAAGGAGAAACGAGACAUUCUAGUUUUAGCUUUGAGCCAGAUCGGACCUUCAGAGAGUAUGGCCUAAGUAUUGCCAAUUCAUGGAACUUUGGAGUCUUGGAUAGAUGUAUAUUGUUUCUAUGUGAACAUCAUGCAUUGUGGUGUGUGACUGCCAGUUUUACAGCUGUCUACAUAUCUCAAGGCCAGAUGAUACAAGUGCUCCACACUACUUGUCUCUCAGUAGACUUCUAUAGCAACACAGCAAGUGAAUGUUGCUGGUUUAGUAUAUGCAUGAACAAAUGUAUUUCCAGUGCAAUGUUCCUAUAUAGGAUAUGGCGAAGAGUUUAUACUAGUGCAUGUAUCAGUUUCAAGUGCUGCCUCCCUGUGCUACAGCUGACAGCUAGAUGUGCACGUUACUACGCAAUACUCCACACAUAAACGUACGUGACAUGUGAAGGUCUUGUUCACACUGAAUAAUAACGUGCAUGUGUCAAUGUCUUAUCCUCAUAGAACAAAAAUGUACAUGUGUCAAAGAUGUUGUCCACACCGAACAAGGAUAUUGUGCAUGUGGUGGCGUCAGUGUUUUGUCCUGACAGAACAAAGAGGUUCCUGUGCAGGUGUUAGUGUCUCGUCCUCACAGAA